GGAGAGUACAAACCACAUAAGCUCUCUGAGCCUGUUUCCACACCCGCAAGGUGGUAGGAGUACCCCUCCCGCGCAGGGCUGUGUUGAGGAAGGGUGGGGAACAGUUGCCAGGAGUCACCAAGGCACUCGAAGAGCGGGCUGGGAUGCAGAACGCUCCAUCUCCGGCCGGGGAGCCUGCGCCUGGCAGCCCCUCCAAGCCCCUUGCACAGACGCAGGCGUAGCUUCCGAGAGCAGCCCCCGCUGUCUCUCGCCGGGGCGGCCGCUGGGCGGCGCUGCGAGCCCAGUUCUGUCCAGAGGAGAGGCGGCCCAGUCCACUCGUCUGCUCGGCGCUCGGCAGCUCUGCCCUGCUGAGGGCGGGCGGGGGCGAGGCCGUCACGUGGGGGCGGGGCCUUGGCCAGGGCGCCGGACCGUCGAUCAACCUAGACGACAGGGCGGGGCCUGCGCGCAAGGGGCGGGGCCGCGGCGACGCGGGGCUGGCGGGCUCAGAUGGCGACAGCGCAGGGCGCCUGAGCGGGCCGGGGCCAUGAGCGCCUCCCGGCCCCAAUUCAGCAUCGAUGAUGCCUUCGAGCUGUCCCUGGAGGACGCGGGCCCUGGGCCUGAGUCCAGCGGAGUCGCCCGCUUUGGGCCGCUGCAUUUCGAGCGCCGGGCCCCGUUCGAGGUGGCCGACGAGGACAAGCAGUCCCGGCUGCGCUACCAGAACCUGGAAAACGAUGAAGAUGGAGCCCAGGCAUCUCCGGAGCCGGAUGGGGGAGUCAGCACCAGGGAUUCUGGCCAAACAUCCAUCCGCAACUCCCAGUGGUCCUUUAGCACCAUCAGCAGCAGCACUCAGCGCUCCUACAAUGCCUGCUGCAGCUGGACUCAACACCCUUUGAUCCAGAAGAACCGCCGGGUAGUGCUAGCCUCCUUCCUGCUCCUACUGCUGGGGCUGGUGCUGAUCCUGAUCGCCGUGGGACUGGAGGUGGCCCCCUCGCCAGGUGUCUCCAGCGCCAUCUUCUUCGUGCCUGGCUUCCUGUUGUUGGUCCCGGGAGUCUACCACGUGAUCUUCAUCUACUGUGCGGUGAAGGGCCACCGGGGCUUCCAGUUCUUCUACCUGCCCUACUUCGAGAAGUGAACUGCCGGCGGUCGGCGGGAUCCAGCGUCGGCUGUGAGAGGCCCGGUGCGGCCUCCUCGCGCCCCUAGAGGGCGCCCCUGGGGCCCUCAUCUCAAGGGAAAAGCCCCUCCGGGACCCUCGAGCCCCCAGUCCCCUGGGGACUUUGCUCAAGAAGUUUGGGCAUGCGGGCCUCGGGCCUGCAAAAGUCGCCCCCUCCCUGCUCUGUGCCUUAACUUAUUCUCGGCCCCUGGGGUUGCUGGGUUGGUGAUAUUUUGUGCUAAUAAAAGGGGUGCUUAAUUCCA